UGUUUUGUCAGCUGUCACAGUUGUCAAAAUGACGUCUAGUGUUCAUGUUUUGUAAACUAAUUCUUUGAUCAAAAUUAAUAGUGUAGAUUAAAUGUAAAUACUAACAUAAGAAAGUAACAAUAAACUUUAUAUUCUAUUCGCUACGAAUUUCCAUGACCCCGGCUACAAUGGAAUUGCAGGCACAGGAAUAUUUGAAACAAAAAAAUUGGGUGCAAGCUAUAGAGUUGUUGAAUAAACUCCUUAUAAUCAACCAAAAUACAGUGGAGCAAGUCGUUUCGUAUCUUACUGAUAGAGCAGAAUGCUUCUUAGAGUUAAAUAAUCAUCAAGCUGUUAUUGUGGAUUCCAAAAAUAUCAUCAAACUUUGUCCUGAUCAAACUAAUUAUAAUGUCUGCUUGGCUAGAAAAAGGCUUAUACAUUCUCUUUACAUGAUUAAGAGAUUCACAGAAGCCGAUAUGGCCGCUAGAGAUUGGCUAAUACUGAUUCAAGAGUCAGAUGUAAAUAAAGAAAUUAAGGCUGUAUUAGAAUCGCUUCUAGGUAAUUUCAUAAAUUGCACAAAUGCUAAACAGAAGACUAUAAACUUGAUAAAGAUACUAGAUGCUAAUUUCACUAAUGGAUUUUCAAAUGUCAAGGUCGAGAGACCUUCUAUAGUCUCCUGCGUGUACUGCAACGUAACAUUUGCAGAAAAGAGUGAGUUGCGUGCCCAUUGUCAGACUGAAGCACACGAAAUGACAGUGAUGUCAGACGACGGACGCGAUUGGCGGUGGAGGCCACCACCGAGGGGUGUUACCCACGAGUGUUAUCUACCGUGCGAUAACUGGAGGGAUACGGGCUGUUGCCGAUAUGGUAUGCAGUGUGUUCGUGCCCACGGAGAAGAAGAAUUGGCCGAAUGGAGAGAGAGAUUCCGCUAUAGAGAGAUGAGAAUGCAAAGGGCUAGGGAGAAGGAACUGUUCGGUAAAUCUUAUACCGAAGAAAUAUUGGAAAAAUGGGCGCAAUCUUCAAACCCCAACGCUCUAAUGUGCAACAAAAUAGAUGACGUAGAAGACCAAUGCUCUUGUCCACUAUCAGUAACAGUAUCAUCUAAGAAUAGUCUCCACGAAUGGACUUUCUACAUAAAAACAAAAAGACCGCUGAAAGCUGUAGCUCUUCUUCAAGACACGCAUCGAAACCAUUUCUUCCUAGCCAGUAUUUUUAUCAAAAAUUGCAAAAUAGAUCUGAGAAGCAACCAGGAAUGGAUAUCGCCUAUGCUGCACCAGGAGUCCAUGUUGCCGGUUGAAUAUAGGGUCAAAGUUGUCUUUACCACUGGUAUCUUUGGAACUUUCAGGCAAUCGGUGGUAUUCGAUUUCACAUCUGAACCAGUUCUAGUCAAACACAUGUGCGUAGACGUCGUCCCCGACCCGGAUUUGGAGAAGAUCAACGAGAUCCGGAAAGAAAUAUCACUAUCGAUCUCAGAGAGGUGGACCAUCCACAACUCAGACAUAGUUCCUUUCCAUUCGACCGUGGAAAACGCCAACCCAAACGAAGAGUGGGAGAAGAGGUUGAGGUCGAUGUAUCCCUGCCCUCAUGCUGAUACUUUCCUGCUAUCUCACGCGACUGUUGCUGAAAAGAAGUUUACGAAGAAUAAUUACAGAGAGAGGAUGCACGAGUUGCUGUUCAUUGAAGAAAUGGCAAGGUACGAGUUAGUAGCUCAAUACAACUUAUCCGCGAAGCUGAAACUGGCUCUCAGCUACAUUCUAUCGCCUAACAGCAUGGCCGCUAGCACCGCGAAAUAUUCCAACAACGGCGAGCUAUUCGCUUCUGUGAGUCUUGGCAAAGUAUUAUCCGAAGACACUUCGGAAGGAAGAUUAAUACUCAUGCACUGCAAUAGCGUCUAUCUAUCGCUUUCUGUAUCAGAAAGCCCGCUUAGACGACGAGUUUACGAAGCUUGGAUAGAAGACAAGGGAAAGAACACGAUCUAUUUGAGAUUAAGCGCUGUUACUGUGAAGGAGUUGGGUUUGACGAAGGAUUCUGAUGUCCAGGUGGAUAUCCAGUUCCAGUUGAACAGGAUACCAUACUGCGAGUGGCAUUAUACGUUGGAUAAGAUGACUAAUUUUAAGAUGAUUUUUCCGGAGACCUACUUGGAACCAAGUAUACCAUGGUCGCCUUCUAGACAAUGGUCUAGAACGCUCGACAGCAGACUAAACAUCAAACAAAAAGAAGCGGUAAACGCCAUAACCACGCCGUUAUGUGUUCAAUUACCACCGAUCUUGGUCAUCGGCCCUUUCGGUACCGGAAAAACGUUUACUUUAGCCCAGGCGAUCAGAGAGCUCAUCAAAGACUCCCCCAACAGGAUUCUGUUGUGUACACAUUCGAACAGCGCGGCCGAUUUGUAUAUCAAAGAUUAUUUGGAUCAGUGGGUGGAAAACGGUGAGGAGAGCGCGAGACCUCUGAGGAUUUACUACACGAAACGUUGGGUGUCUACUGUUCAUCCGAUAGUUCAAAAGUACUGUUUGAUUAAAAACAACGGAACAUACCGGUCUUUUGAGAUACCGACUUUGGAAGACAUCAUGAAGCACAAAAUAAUCGUCGUAACUCUUUCUACAUCGGUAUAUCUCUCCGCCAUGGGCCUUCCUCAAGGAUUCUUCACGCAUAUUCUCCUAGACGAAGCAGCUCAGGCGAUUGAAUGUGAAACGGUUACUCCUUUAGCAGUUGCUCAUGACAGCACAAGGAUUGUUCUUGCUGGUGAUCAUAUGCAAUUGGGACCGGAUAUAUUCUCGACGUUUGCCAAAGAAAGGAAUCUCCAUAUAUCUCUACUCGAACGAUUGUACGAUCACUACCCCAGUCACUUUCCUUGCAAGAUUUUGCUAUGCGAAAACUACAGGGCACACGAAAGUAUUAUACAAUUUACUUCUGAAUCGUUUUAUGACCAGAAGUUGAUCUCAAGCAGUAAACAGCCAUGCCAUAGUAAAUACUACCCGUUAACAUUCUUCACCACGCGCGGAGAAGAUAUCCAAGACAAGAACUCAACAGCAUUCUACAACAACUCCGAAGUGUACGAAGUAGUGGAACGCGUAUCAGAACUGAAGCGAAACUGGCCCCCAGAAUGGGGCUCUUACACCGAUCAGUCCAUAGGAGUGGUCACUCCAUACGCCGACCAAGUAUUCCGAAUCAGAUCUGAACUGAGAAAACGCAGAGUGGACAACGUGUGUGUGGAAAGAGUGCUUAACGUCCAAGGAAAGCAGUUUCGAGCCAUUAUCCUCUCGACUGUGCGUACCCGAAAGACUUGCACCAACGACAUAAGUCGUACUGAGGUCGACUAUGGCUUUCUCUCGAAUUCUAAGUUGUUGAAUACUGCUAUCACGCGAGCACAGAGCUUGGUGGCUGUUGUAGGUGAUCCCAUUGCUCUUUGUUCCUUAGGGAGAUGCAGUAAAGUGUGGGAGAGGUUUAUUCAGAUCUGUAACGAUAGCAAUAGCUUGUUUGGAAUUACUUGGACUCAAUUGAAGUUACAACUGGACGGCAUCGAGUUGAAAAAGAUCUACACCCUCAACCCUCUAGCGCCCGAAUUCAUUCCUAGGAAAUACAAAGAAUUAGGCAUGGUACCGAGCGUGGCCAAAGUCGAAGCUAGUCUUCCCAAAGAAGUAGUCCCACCCCCGCCACCACCCACUACCCUAGUAUCGCAAAUUCCUCCCGCAGUUAUCUCACCAUUCCCUAUCCAAGACCUGAGAUUUUUUCCCCAACUCCUAUACCCUCCCCAGCAACCUCGUCCUUUCCUCUUCAACCUCAUUCCUCCUACCCUGACGAACGGCUUCACUCAACCCAUCCCGAUCGUCAAUCCUUCCUUGGUGGUUCCACCACGUCAGCAAGUGGUGACUUCUUUACCAAAGGCUGUACCCGUUCCCCAAGGAGCGCAGAGUAUUCCUGUUCAGAGUCCGAGUAAGCCGCAUGGGAACUCCUCGCAGGCUGGGAGUAAUAAAUUGAUACAGUUCAUGAACAACGUUCAUUUUCCCGAAGCCAAUGUUCUGAAUGAUUGCAUCAAUUUGUUGCCGCAGAAUAUGUCGCUGGCGGAUAUGUUGCUGCAGCCUCCAAGUCUACAGGAGCGAUGGUAUAACUAUCUUAGAGAAACCACAGGUCCCGAAGCCGCGGAAAAAUUCAAGUAUCUCCUGCACACCACGAACCAAAAAGGUUCCAAAGUAUUAGACAAAAACAUAUUCGAGCGUUCCACGCCCUCGUCCUGCGAAUCUCCCACCUUCAGCUGGUACGACAGUCCUACCAACCAAAUCAACUUCAACAAGCCCGUGUACAUGACGGAAAACGUCUCCACAGAACACCACAAUGGCGUCUUGAAAGAAAAUGUCCAGUUUGAAACGUUUGAGAACGGCAUGAGCGAGGAAGAGCUGCAGAGGCACAUAAACGAGGAGUUCGCCAACUUGAGCAUGGAUAACACCGACGUAAAUGAGGUGUUCAAGGCGUUCACGCAUAAAAACGAGUGUGUACAGAUGAACGGGGGCCCCAACGUGACGGGCCCCAAAUUUUAUAAAUAUUUCCAGUAGGGCAUUGUUUUAUUUCGUCCUUUUGUGUCAUUUUUCAUUUAUCUCUUUGUAUAUUGUACAUAAAUUGUAUAUUAUGUGUUAUUGUUGUUUAGUAUGUAGAAUUAUGUAUUUGCUUUUUUUUACUAUUUAUAAAAUAUAAACUUUAUAUACUGUACUUAAGUUGAAAUACAUGAAUUAUGAGAA